GUACUCGUCUACUUUUCAUAUAUGGUUCCUUUAAUAAAGCUAAUAUAAGUAUUUGUAAUUAUGAUUUACAGGAAUAAAAAAGUAUGGCGAUAAUUGCCCCACUACUCCUACUUUUGAGAAAUUACAAGUCAAUAAAGCAUUUGAUUACGCCUGGUCUAAUAACCAGUGCAUUCCUCAGCUCUCUUUUUCUAAUCUUCCGAAAGUUCCCACCCGUAUGCUCACGAUUACCAUCUGAUAAGGAUGAGGAUUCUUGUGAGUUCCAAUGGAAAGAAGGAGAAUUGUACAUGUGUCUGAUGUGUGUCGUGAUGAUUAAGAACAGAUCUGCAGUAUCGCUGGAACAAAUGGUAGAAACAUUUUUGACAUAUUCCAAAAUUGUUAACACAGUAUUAUUCUUUCGAAUUGAUCCAAGAUUUGGAUUUGUAUAUGUACUGUUGUGUUUCAUAAGAUUAUGGAUUUUACCUGACGUUUUCAUUGAAGAAUCUGAUGAAAUAUUACAUGUCGAUGAUAACACGAUUGAACAAGUUAUGAGAGAGGACUCAAAAGUUGUUUGGGUGAUUGAAUUUUUCACAACAUGGUCACCUCAGUGUCACUCAGUUGCCCCUGUUAUAGCAAGUCUUGCUAAAGAAUAUACAACAGACUUUCUCAGAUUUGCAAAAAUUGAUGUUGGACGUUAUCCUGAUGCAGCUACAAAAUAUGGCGUCAGCACAUCUUCAAUGAGCCGUCAACUUCCAACACUCAUUGUAUUUAAAGAUUUCAAACCAGUAAACUGGCGACCAAUGAUUGGAAAGAAUAAUAAGUUUAUCAAGUAUUCUUUCACUGAAGAAAAUGUCAUCAGGGACUUUUGUCUUAACACACUGUAUGAAGAGUCUAAAAAGAAAGGAAAGAAGCAAAAAAAGAAAGUUGAAUAACUGAACGGACAUAUGUUAAACCCAGCAUUGUUUUUGGUACUACUGUAGUGUGUGUACCAGGUUAGAAGAAAUGGCCAUAAUUUUAUUCCAAUUUCCCCUAUUUUAGUUCUAUUACGAGCUUGGGGACUGUCUGUGAUAGGCAAGUGAAUAUACCCCCUGCCCAUAGACUUCCGUCCCUUCACACAACUUGAUGUAAAGUAGGCGAACAAAAUUAGUUACCUCCAUAUUGGUAAACAUACUUCUGGAGCGCCUUUUUUUUUAUCUUGUAUUAAAAUUCUAGUUAUUGGAUGCAGUGAUCCAAAAUGCCUCGAAAUUAAAUAAAUUUCAAGUGUUCGAAUUGAAAUUCCGGCAUUUGAAUUAUCAGUUUUUGAAACAUUAUUACAUAUUUUUAUGCAAGCAAGAACAUUUCUUGAGAAACUUAAAUAUCAUGCCAUUUUCAAAAUAGGCUGCUGGUUUAAUGUUGAUAUUAUUGUUAAAAAAAUGUUUAGUCGAAACAGUGAUUUUUGAGCACAAGUUUUUUAUUUUCCUCAAAUUCAUCUGUUUGUAAAUUGAAUUUAUUGGAUUGAAUUGAUUUAUCUAAUUUUUGAUCUGCAAAUCUUUUCUUAAAACUGUGCUGUUAUUUGUGUCGUUCAAUUAUGCAACCUAUCUGACAUAAUUAUUUGCUACUGACUGGCCAUCCAGGCCUGACUGAAUCAAAUUUCAAUGGAGCUUUUUUAUUUUUUAAUUGGCUUUUCCACUUAUUUUUUUGAAACAGCUUUCAGCAAAAAUUGAUAAAAGUAUCUGAGACACCUGAUGAUAAUAGUGUAUAUUAUGUGUUUGUUGUUUUAUCAUGUUGCAUUUAUUACUGUGUUUGUAAGUGUUUUGAGAAAAAAUAAAAUCAUAUGAAUAAUAUAAAU